UGUUAUUAAUUUUUAACAGUAAUUCUCGAGAUGAUAGGAACACUUGGACAUUUAUUUUUGGAAUUGUGUGUUUUUGCUAUUUUAUUUAAUUGCACGGAGCAGAGCAUUUCCUUGGGUAGAUGCAAGCUGUCAUGCGAUGAAGACCAUCAUGCACAGGUACAAGUCAAUCAGGGUUUAGCAGUAGGACCCCCUGGAAAAGCAGGCCCUGUUGGCCCGCCAGGCAGUCCCGGACCACCCGGAGUGAGAGGACGCAUUGGAGAAUCAUGUGAUUGCACAAAAUACGAUUUCAGCAGGAUAGUUCAAAAUCGUUUUCGGGAUUGCGUUGAAGUGAAAUCUGUUAUAAGAACAAGUGGAGUGUCGGUGAUUUUUCCUUCAGAUGAAUAUGGUGGGGUGCAUGUCUACUGUGAUCAAGAUACAGAUGGAGGCGGAUGGAUUGUAUUUCAACGAAGGGUCGGAGGUCCAGAAGAUUUUUAUCGUGGUUGGGACGACUACGUCGCUGGUUUCGGCAGCAAAGAGCUGGAUUUUUGGUUAGGAUUGGAAACUAUUCAUAUACUCACAAACAACGGCACGUGGGAACUUCGAGUAGAUUUGAACGAUUUUGAAGGAAACACGGCAUUUGCAAAAUACAGUUUAUUUGCUGUGGCUGGGUCGUCAGACAACUAUCGUCUCUACGUGUCAGGAUAUUCUGGAAAUGCAGGUGACAGUCUGAAAUAUCACAACCAGAUGCCUUUUAGCACGAAGGACAGGGACAAUGACCUUUACACUACCGGGAAUUGUGCCACCUCGCACACAGGGGCGUGGUGGUAUGAAAACGGUCACAAUAGCAACCUGAACGGCGUUUACAAUGGGUCAUCUUCGGAAGCGAAAGGAGUCUCUUGGUACUAUUGGCAUUCAAGCCACAUUAGCCUGAAACGGGCGGAGAUGAAAAUAAGAAGAUUGGAUUGACACAAAAAUAUUCAAAUACAUUUCGGUUUAAAAACACUAUUAUUAUUUCAUUAACAAUCAAUUAUCAUUUAUUUGUCAACAUAAUGUAAAACUGAUCAAUAUCAAGAAAAUAAGAAGAAUAUCACGAAAUAAAAACUAUAAUUGUGUGACAGGAGUCGUGAGGAACCUCGAAAUGCUUUCAAGCAGCGACAUCUACAGCGCAGAUGCAUCUAAGACCAUUUUUAAUUAUUUCCAAAAUAAUAGAAAUAGUAGCACAGAUACAGUUAUGAGAAAUAAUAUUGAAUAAACAAUUGGACUACUCUCAUUUGAUAUCACCAAAUUAGAAAACGAUACAAUGUCACCAAACGUUUGGAUUCGAUUUCUCACUUCAAUUAAAUGUUUAAUUUUACCUUUUGUUUUCACUGUUUCAGUGGACGGGCGCUUACUUGUGGAUGGCUGAUACAUCAGAUGACGAAUGCCUAUAUAUACGAGAGCGUGACUGCAAAAGCGCAAUAAGCUAAAUUCUCGGCAAUGAUUCCGAUUCAAUGGUUAAAGCAGUGUUUCUCAACCCAAGUCCGCGGUCUCAAAUGAGUCCGCUGAGCGUUUGAAUGAGUCCGCAACGAGCCAGAAAUUCAA